GCUGGGGGCUCGAGAACCGAGCGGAGCUGGUUGAGCCUUCAAAGUCCUAAAACGCGCGGCCGUGGGUUCGGGGUUUAUUGAUUGAAUUCCGCCGGCGCGGGAGCCUCUGCAGAGAAAGCAAGCGAGAGAUGGAAAUGGACAAACGGAUUCAUUUAGAGCUGCGGAACAGGACGCCCUCUGAUGUGAAAGAGCUUGUCCUGGACAACUGUCGGUCGAUCGAAGGCAAAAUCGAAGGCCUCACAGAUGAAUUUGAAGAACUGGAGUUCUUAAGUACAAUCAACGUAGGCCUCAUCUCAGUCGCAAACUUACCAAAGCUAAACAAACUUAAGAAGCUCGAACUAAGUGAUAACAGAAUCUCAGGGGGCUUGGAAGUAUUGGCAGAAAAGUGUCCGAAUCUCACGCAUCUAAAUUUAAGCGGCAACAAAAUUAAAGACCUCAGCACAAUAGAGCCACUGAAGAAGUUAGAAAGCCUGAAGAGCUUAGACCUUUUCAACUGCGAGGUCACCAACCUGAACGACUACCGAGAAAACGUGUUCCAGCUGCUCCCGCAGCUCACGUACCUGGACGGCUACGACCGCGACGACAAGGAGGCCUCCGACUCGGACGCCGAGGGCUACGUGGAGGGCCUGGAUGACGACGACGACGAGGACGAGGACGAGGAUGUUCUUUUUCCCGGUUUGGAUUGUACAGAGGAAGAAUAUGACGAAGAUGCUCAGCUAGUGGAAGACGAGGAGGACGGGGAGGAGGAGGAGGAAGGCGAAGAGGAGGAUGUGAGUGGAGAGGAGGAGGAGGAUGAGGAAGGGUAUAAUGACGGGGAAGUCGAUGACGAUGAAGACGAAGAUGAUCUCAGCGAAGAAGAGAGGGGUCAGAAGCGGAAACGAGAGCCUGAAGAUGAGGGAGAGGAAGAUGACUAAGUGGAUAACCUAUUUUGGA